AUGCGCGACAACAUGCAAAUGAUCAAUGGGAGGGGACAUGCGUUCGACAGUUUGCAAGACCGAACUGGUACGUUCUUCUCCCCUUCCUUACUAUGGAAAAAGAUCCCCUCAUUGAUGAUUGUGCCGGAACUGAUAGCCGAGUUGGAAGCAGCUGCCCAACAUGUCAAGCCUGUCCGCAAAGAUCACUUGGUCAAGCAAUACUAUUGCAAGAACUGUGAUGCUCCUUGGGCGAAAAGUCCGGAGGCACCGCAUGAUCACGAAACGUGGUGCAUUCGCUGCAAUGCGGUGCUGGUGGACAAGGGGCAUAAGAUCGAUUUGAGUGUAGCCGCACCAUGA